CGCUUGGUAAAAUAUGGCAGCAAUGGAUACGAGCUAGCUUACAGUCGUGUUGUUUGUUUUGAGAAAUACGGUCUGAUUUUCAAACAUAUCACAGCGUGUUGUCCCAUAUAUUUGACAAUAUAGUCGAUUAACUUUUGUCUCGGUCUUACCAGUUUUAGGCAGCUAUGGGUGGGCUGGGGAACGGUCGCCGAGGAGUAAGAUCCCCACCUUUGAUGAUUGCAGCUCUAAUUGCCUGCAUCUUAGUUCUGGGUUUUAACUACUGGGUGUCCAGUUCCCGCAACCUGGAGCUACAGACCAAGCUGUAUGAGCUGGAGGGCCGAGUUCAACGUGGGGCAGCGGAGAGAGAGAUGAAGAAGAGUGAGUUCCAGGAGGUCCAGAAACAGAAGGAUGAGAUCCAGAAACAGAAGGAUGAGAUCCAGAAAGAGAAGGCGCAGAUCGAAAGCUUUUACAAGACACAAAUGGAUGGAGCGCAGGUCACAUGCAGCCAGGAUAAGGCCAAACUGCAGCAGAAUGUUUCUUCAAGCACCAAAACAAUCCAGGAUCUCAAAGGUCAUCUGAAUCAGCUGAAUGAUGACUUGGGAAAGCUUCAGAAAGAGCUUCAGAGUUGCCAAGGCAACAUAAACAGCCUCAACAAGAAGCUAAUGUAUGACAUGACCCAGUGUGAGUCUAAGAUCCAGACAGAGAAGGAGCUGUGUGACGAGAAGAUGUCUGCUGCCAAACUUGAAGUUCAGAAGAAAACGGAGAAACUCAGCCCUCUCCCAGAUGCCCCCUCACAGCAGAAAAACACUGGAAAGGAAAUGGUUAAAGAAGGGACAACAGUCAACUCUGAGCCUAGUGGAAAUCCAACAGCUGUUGUAAACCACACGUCAAGCAGCCCUCAGCCUAAAGGAAAUAAAAACCCUGAUUCACUCACUAAUGACAUCAUCAUUGACCAAGAUUCUGGAGUUUUCGGACGGUCUCCAACAAAGGAUCUAUCUAAAGCAGAGACCCAGUCUGUCUCUGAAGCUGCUUCACUGAAGCAGAACAAACUGCAGCUCGACCAGGAAGACGUCAGAACAGACGAGACUGAGAUAAAGACCAACAAAGAUGUGAAGAAAAACCUGAAUGAGAUUAAAGGCGUGGAGGUGAUGGAAGCUCGUGAAGAGGGAGCUCAGAGAAAAGAAGCCGACCCUGGCAUGGAGGAUAUGCUGAUUGAUCAAGGGAACCCUGAUGAGCCAGCUGUAGGUCAGAAACUGGAGGAUCAGGAGGAGUAUGAUGCAGAUGAGCAGGUGGUGGGCGGAGUGGAUGUGGAGAGGGGUAAACAAGCUGAAAAUAUAGACAAGGACAUGGAGGAGGAGCUGGCUGACUACAAUGGUGAUGAUGAAAAUGAAGGAGAGUUUGAAGCAGACAAACAAGAAGCUCUUGCUCAAAUCUAAGAGACAGUUGAUUGACGCUACACAUCACAUCAGAGAAGAAAAGCUGCAACACAGCAAGAAAACACCGACAACUAAACGGUUUUACAUGGAGUUUUCUAAAUAAUUUGGAACUAUUCUCUCCUUUUACAAAAAAAAGUCUAUCAUUUGUCAUUUUCUUCGUCGCCGAAGUUCAUUUCUCUCAGAGGAUUGCAAACAUGACAAACUAAAUUUCAAGUUUUUUCACCAUUUGAUUUAAAAAAAAUAAAAUAAAAUGCCUCAUCAAAAUUAGAAGAAUUUGACGAGGUGUUGACACGCGUUAUGUUCACUCAGUAACAGCCAAGGUGGGUGCAGACCCUUGUUGGGUUGCAGGCUGCAGAGCACAGACCAGUUUAAAAGAUCUGAGCGGUUGCUGUGACAGAAGUCUGCCAGCAGGGGGCUCUGCAGCUCAGGUUUUAGCUCUGAGACUCAGCAGCUUCAAUAAAGCCUCAGUGUCUCUGAUAAAGUACAUAAUUUGUCUGAAUGACUGCAGGAAAUGACAAAGGCUGUACAUUAUCCGGUUUGUAAAAAAAUAAAAAUAAAAAAGCCAAAAACAGUCCGGUUGAACUAAUGAAUGUUUCACAAAAAUAAGGGGGAAAAAAUCAUUUCGUCUUUUGCUGCAUCAUUUACCAAGACCAACUAUUUUCAGACUUUUUAUUUGACAGCAAAGCCUUUUUCAAAGUGUCACAAGGUGGAAUAUUUGUAGCUUUUUAUCUUUUUAAAUAUCAAAAAGCAAGAAAAUGGUUAAAAAAAAAGAAUAGCUGAAAAAGCUUAAUCCUUAAAUCUCACAUGUUGCAGCUGCAUGCUUUCUGUUCUGCCUAAUUAUUUUUCAACAUUAAACACUCUUGGUAAAGUGGAGGAUAAAUAGGGAUGUUCAUGGAAUUAAAUAGUGCGUCUCUUCUCUGCGAAAUUUAAAUUGUAGCCAAAAAAAAAGAAUUUCAGAGAAUUCCUGAAAGGUAACGAGACAUUUCUGCAAAGCAUGAACAUUGUGUUUUGUGGGUCCUUCAAGCCAGUAGAUGUGAACAUUUCAGCUGUAAUGCUUAAAUUAUUUAGUGUUUUUCAACAUAAAGUGACACUGAAUUGAAAACUUUGGGUAAGUGCAAAUAUGAUUGACGUUUAGUGAACUGAAUGAACAAACAGUAAAUUGUAUGGGUGAGGUAAUUUGUUGCCUUGUGGARUUUUUUGUUGCCUUUUACAGGACGAGAUGUAUUUUGUCUUCAUCAUUCUCUGUUGCAGAAGUUUGUCAUUUAUUUUCAUUACGCUUUGAUUAUCAUUAAACGUCCAGGCCAAGAUUUCAAACUCUCAUUGUGGGAAGUUAACAUCAUAACUUUCAUUUGCUUAUCCGAAAGCUUUCCAUGCUGCAGUUUGUGACUGUUUUAUUGUGAUAAAAGUUUAGUGUUGAUGUAACUGUCUAGUUGUAGAAGAAGAAAAUAUGGAAUAUGGAGUUUGUUGGACAUUCGUGUCCUGAGGGAGGAACAAAAUUAUUUUUUUUGUUGUCAUAAUGUUCCCAGGCUYAAUGCAAAACUUGACUACAUUUGUAAAGUUUAUUAGGAAGAUUUUUCAUUUUAGCUGUUUUGAACAGAGAACUUGUCCAACAUUUCCAUCAGAAGUUCUACUUAUUUUUUGUCUUAAGUUGUAAUAAAAAAACACCUUAAUAUUUUAUUUUCUACAUCUGAACCUGUAUAGCUUGAUUUAAAGUAACAUCAAAUAUUGAAAAAUGAGUCCUGCUGAAGGGUUAAUAUUUAAGUUGCAAAUUCUGUAUUAACAUUUGUUGAAUUGUUUUAUGKUUGAUUUGUGUCAGCUGAAUGGCUCUCCUCAUGAACAAAGACUCAGUUGUCUGCCUCUAUGUGGUUUUUGUUUUUUAUUUAAAUGUUUUUGCAUUUAUAUUUGUUUUUGUAUUAUUGUAUGUCAAGAUAAAACCUAGACAACCA